AUGCUCCUUCGUGCUCUGCCGCGUAUUUGUCGCGCCGCACCCAUCGACUCGCACCUAUCAUCACCAAAGGCUUUCGUUGCUGUCUCAUGCAGGGAUAUCCAUACAGAACCACUUUCCAUUGGGGAUCCUCCGACACCGGAGUCGAGUGUCUCCAUGUCCCCUCACCCUCAUGACCCGUCGGGGUCAGGCUCGACCCCCUUUUCUUCACCAUCGUCUUCGUCAGGCUACUCAGGAAAUUCGACUCCUCCAAAAUCACCACCACCGGCGAGCAAUGACGAAGCCGCACCGUCAGUCCCCGUUUCCGGGGUUCCGACGACCUACAUGGCCAACCCUUCGUUUCGGAGUCCUACGUAUUCAAGCCCGCCAUUUCAUACACACGCUUUCUUUACUGCAUUAGAGAAGACAUUUCCUGAAGAAACUGCCAGGAGCUUGAUGCGUGCAUCGCGUGCUCUGCUCGUGGAUCGGAUAGGGAGGGUGCGGAGAGAAGGCUUAGCGGUCAAGGAUCUGGACAACCAAGCAUACCUGUUUCGAGCUGCGCUCUCGGAACUACGAGCUGAAAUGACCAUGAACACUAAGAACGAUUCUGCUGCUAUCCGUGCCGCUACUGCGGCCCUCCGGCGCGAGGUAGAUCGCCUGGACGUCAAGAUGAAAGAAGACAUUGGAAAUCUCAAGCAUGAGAUCCAAAUGGAACUUGACAGCAGGAAAAACGAGGCGAAAGCAGACCUAAAACAGCAGGAUAUCAGCAUUGAGGAACUAUUAAACAAAGCUGUUGUCAGUGUCAGCGACUUGCGAACGGAUGUCGAGGAAAUCAAGUGGGACAUUAUGCGUAAAACUGUUGUAACCCUAUCAGGAUUUGUGGUCGUUAUAAUCGCCAUGAUGGAAUUUCAGCCUAGUCAACCCAAGUCAUCCUCGCGCAAAUCGAUACCUCCACCCCGACCAGAUGUCAAUAUACCAACAGAAGGGCUGGAAAGAACAGAAUGGGUCACUUAG